AUGGCUGAUAGAUUCCCUUCUCUUGAGGACUUUGACUCUGGUGCGCAAACAACUCAAGGCGACUCUACUUUUGAAGGAGGUGCCGAUGACUUCCUAAGUCGUGAGAAGGCCCUUUUGGGUGACGAUGCGGAUCAAUUUGCUACUGGCAAUGACAAUGCCGCAUUUGUAGAGGAUGGUGAUGAUGAUUUAUUGGGUGGAGGCGGAGGAGAGGAUGUUCAUGAAUUUGAGAGUUCUUUCCCUGCCAUUGAUACUCGCAAUGAGAAUGUUUCACCAAGCGGACAAAUCACCAGCACAUACACCAACUACCAGCCCCAAGUUUCCGACGAAGAAGAGCCAGAGGUCAUCAAGCAAUGGCGCGAACGUCGAGAUCUCCAACUUCAAGCGCGUGAGGAGAGAUCCGAAGAAAAGAAGCAAGAAACUAUCAAGACUGCCCAACAAAAUAUUGAUGAUUUCUACGAGAACUACAACACCAAAAAAGAGAAGACAAUUGCGCAGACUCGUCGUGAAGCUGAGGAAUUUUUAGCAAGCCGAGAAGAUACAUCUGCCGGUGGAACUAGCUGGGAGCGUAUUGCGAAAUUGGUUGAUUUGAGUGGAAAGGGUGCUAGAGGCGGUGCAAAUGGUACUGGAAAGGAGAAGUUCAGAGAACUUUUGAUGAGCUUAAAGAAGGAUGAGAAGGCGCCUGGUGCUACUGGAUAUUAGAGGGGGUUUGGCUGGGUGGAUUGGGUGAUCUCUCUAUGGACUUGUAAGAUCGUACAAGAUGGUUGUUUGUUUCGUUCAAGAAUUGCCUAAUCGGAUCUUCUGGGCAAAGGGGCGUUAAAAAUGAAUGGCACAGACACGCAUACCUAUUAAAGAUUUGUUUAUAAUACCUAACAUUGCUCCUGAA